CACCUCACUACGCACAACCUCCUGUUGUCUUUCCUGUAGUGAGGGGCCCCUGUUUGACAGGAACAGUUUGUGAAAAUUUAGCACCUUGCUGCAGGUUUGCUUCUCAGAGACAGAGGAAUUGCUACCAUGUGCAAUGAAGCACAAGGGAGGACUCAAUUUUAAAGAGCAGGGCCUUGCAAUUUCUUGUGCAAGUAGUCUUCUUUCAGUAAAUGAUGCUGUAGGGUUAAGUCAAAUUCGGUCGGGUUUUUUAAUAUAUUUGCAGGUACCAAAUUCAAGUACUCAGAGGUAUAAGCAUAUUGCUCUCCAGGACAGAGUCCCAGAAGCACUCCAGCUACUGUACCACAGGCUGCUGCAGAGGUCUAACCGCAUGGGCUAGUUUGUCUGAAUACUGCCUUCCUCUCUCACAGAAUCUGUCCAUAAGCAAGGCUACUACUUUUCUACACUAAUUGCUGCUCCUGAACAUGAGUUCAGGAGGCUAUCAAAGGCUAUUCAAAGGCUAUCGAGAGCAGCGAGGCUCACUAGGGAAGUAAGGACAGCUGAUAAACACAGCUAGGAAACACAUCUAGAAAACCACCUGAAAUGUUAUGUACACUGCAGUGCAUUGCUUUAUGGGAUGUGCAGGUACUGGGCUCCUCCUAUGAAGGUAUACCACAGGAAAGGUUAAAUGAAAGCCACAGCUCAUGCUGAGCUGUGGUGAUGGUCAGACAUGUAGUUCAUUUACAAGGAGUGCAUAGAAGAUGGCCCUAACUACAGUAGGAACAAACAACAGCAGAGUAUCGCUUCAUCGAGCAGCGUCACCCAGGCACCUCCACUUCCCUCGCCCUCACAGGAGCCUCCUCACAACUAUUUCUCUCCCAGAUCUUGUACCCAGAGGCUGUAAGUCAUGAUUCCCACCCCUGCCUUUGCUGCAAGUGAAAACAGUCACCCUUGCAAAAGGGUAGGCCCCCUCCGGCUCCCUUGUGAAUGUAUAGCAGCCCACCAGCUUCUUUCAUUGACUCUGAAAAAAAAUUUAGCACAUGCACUAACUAGGGCUGAGAUUGCCUUAAAGGUAAAAAGCUCACUUGGGGAUGGUCACCAACACAGUACCUUCCUAGUCAUCUCUAGCACAUCUCAGAUGGGCAAAAAAUCUGAGAGAAAAUUGUCACUAGAAUAUUUUUGCCCCAGAAAAAAUAGGAAAACUCGAAGGAAUUGUCACAAAAUAUUCAUGAGUGGUUAAAAAAGGUAAGUGGUAAAUGCAGAUUAAGUUUUAAUUCUGCAAAGAAUUUUUGAAAAAUCAAUUUGAUUCUCGGUAUUUCAGACAAAUGGCCAGCUGUAAGUGAAUUUGAACUGGAUCUUGAGAGCACAGCUUGUUGAUAUUAUCGUAUCUGCAGUAGUAUCUACUCAAGAAUCAAAACAAAAGAGUAACUUCAAGGCUUUGGCCUUGUUGAACUACAAAAACUCUGAGGCUGUGGCACAGGCUUCAGCACUGAUAAAUAAAGCAAACUGCUGCUUUCGCAUUUCCUUUGAAAGACAAGACGACUGUGUUCCCCCAAGAUGUGACAUCGUCUACUUAGAGGAAAACACCUUCCCUUUACAAGAAAGAGCCAAGAAACACCAUCUGACUGCUGUUGCAAAGAGUACGUAAAAUAAAACACAGUGCUUCCAUUUGUUUCAGUAUACAUUGCCUUGAUGAUGUUGGGACUAACUUACUUUUGCAGGUUAUCUUCAUCCCGUGCUUGGCCUCCAUCUGAAUUGAAAAGUAAAGUACUUUAUAAAGAUCCAGUAAAUUUUCAAAGGCGCAUGCAGUUUUACAGUGCUUUGGUGACUAACAGACUGCACUGGCUCUGCUUCUUGGCCUUAUAGAAACUGUUUUGGGUAAUGUUCAAUCUGCUGCAUGUUACAACUCACAUGGACGAGGCCUUUCUGCCAAUCUAAAUGAUUCAGAGGUGAAUUCUGCUAAUCUUACGCUGAGUAAUAUCUUGUAGUAGGACUAGUUCCACAGAAACAUGCUCUUUGUACCUCAAGAGAGAGGACAUUUAACCUUAGGCUGAAUCUUUGAAAACCCCAUCAACUUGUCUCACAGAAGACUUUACAAGGUAAACAGCUUGCAAAUCUGGUUGUUGCUGUUACUCUUAUGUGCUGGCAACAGCCCUGACAGAAAAUGGCCCCUUGCCUUGGAGAGCUGACACUGUGAUACUGCAUCAGCUCUGGAGAGGGGGUGCAAUGGAGGGGACAUUCUUCUCUGUCUCACAGACAGAGAAGUGGUUGCUCCUCUGACAGUAAUACAAACAUUUGAAACAGAUCAACUAAAAUCAAAUGGGGAAGAGACAUUAAUGAAAAUCCUCUAUGUUUCCAGUAACUCACUUGAGAAGGGGAGAGGAAGAAGUGCUGCCAUCUGAUGAUGUGACUAACAUCCAAACAAUGAGCUAAAGCUGAACCACAAGCUCUAAGGGACUCACUCACUGAGACUCAAACCCUACUUUUCGAGACAGGUCCAACCCGAACCAAAUGACUCUGAGCUUACAGCCUGCAACCUGAGCCUAAAGGCCGAAUUUGGCAAAAUAAAUUCUGUUUCUCUCAUGGGUUCCUCCAGAAUCCCUUGAUCGAAUCACUAAACCACUGAUGCAUUUGAAAGCUUAACCCAUAUUCCAUUUUCAGAAGCCUCUGUAAUUGUCUUGUUUAUCUUUCGAGAGGCCAUCAGUAUAAAUCUGGUAACAGAUGAUGUGUUUAAAUCCACCAGCUGUUGUGUUUGGGUCUUGACUGCCAAAACAACCCUCUUCAGCAAAUGUAUUUGCUUUUGUCUGUCACUGAUGUUUUACUACAGCUCUUAUCUGUUAGCACUUAGGAUUCUGUCUGUCUCCUGGCUGUAUUAGGAUUUAAUUAUUUGCUGAGUAAAAUAUCUCAAUGUGUCUCCUUACAGGCUGCCUUUAAAAAGAAGGUAACAUGGCAACUACAGAUGCUGCUAACUUUUAUUAUAACUUCUCCAUUAAUGACCCCAGUGAAAAUGGAAGCGAGAAUUUUCACACAUUUACAAGAGUCUUCCUGCCCUGUAUGUACUCGGUUGUUUUCAUCCUUGGGCUAGCAGGAAACGCGCUGGUCUUUGUCAUACUAGUUUUCUAUGAAAAACUGAAGACGCUGACAGAUAUAUUUUUGCUGAACUUGGCUAUAGCUGACUGGGUCUUCCUUUGGACACUGCCAUUCUGGGCACAUUCUGCUGCUCAGGAGUGGACUUUUGGCACCAUGGCGUGUCGCAUUAUACGGGGCUUUUAUACUCUGAACUUGUACACUUCAAUGUUAACUCUGACAUCUAUCACCUUUGACCGGCUUAUUGCUAUUACUUUUGCCACCAAAGCACGUAUGUGUCAAACCAAACGAAUGACAUGGGGCAAAUUAAUCUGUGUUUUGAUCUGGGUGAUCUCAUUAGCAUUUGCUGCACCGCAGUUUAUUUUUAGUGAGGUGUUUAAUAUUGAUAAGGUAAUAUGUCAGGAAGAAUACCCAAACCACCACACAGAACUGGUUCUUGAAGUGAUUCAAGUGACCCUUGGCUAUUUUAUUCCCACACUAGCCAUGAUCAUCUGCUAUUCGCUAAUUAUUAGAACCUUACUGCACGCCAAGAGUUUUCAAAAGAACAAAUCUCUAAAAAAAAUAUUUUCUGUAGUUGCCAUAUUUAUUCUUACUCAGUCACCCUAUACUUUCUUGAGACUGAUCAAGAUCAUAGAUUGGACCUUUAACUUGAACAGCAGCUUUGAAUAUGCAAUCAUCGUAACAGAAGCUCUUGCUUAUUUCCAUGGCUGCCUUAACCCUGUUCUGUACUUCUUCAUGGGGGCAAAAUUCAGGAGGAACUUACAGAAAAUUAUUAAAAACUCAAGAUGCAUCAAACGGCAAGUUACGGCUAAACAGUGGCAAACCACUGAAGAGGAAGGCUCUAAAACUUUUACUGCCUCAAAUAAUGCAGAUGCAACAAGCAUGUACCCACUAUAAAACUACCUAGAAAAACUGGCAACUAUUUACAGCUUUUUUUUUUUUUUUUUUGUAAAUAUUGAGAUAGGUAGCCUGCAUAGAAGAGGAAAUACAAUCUUAUUAGUAAAGAGAUUGUGACUGGCUUUAGGCUAACCUAUCUUAAUCAUUAUAAUUCAGCAUUUCCUGCUUUUCCUGGUCAGAGCUGUUCCUAAGACAAAGCUGGUAACUGAGUUAACUGUGCAGGAGGUCUUCAAAACUUAUAAGAAACAAUGAGAUAAAACUGUUAUUCAUGACAUAAAGCUAACUUGGACUUCGUGACUCAAAGGACUGGAGACAUUCACCAAACCUUUGGUCUGUUGGUUUUCCAUGAAACGUGUUUGUUAACAAAAACAUUUAUGGGUUUUGUUUCAAAGAUAUUACAGAUUUUAGUUCAGUUCAUUCAUUUAAUGAGAAUUCCUGGAUUAAAAACAUAUACAUUUAAAUCUUCAUGCUGGGUAUCAUGUGUGGUUGGGGUUUUUUGCGUUUUUUUUUUUUAUUUUUCCACUUGUGAGAAGGUCUCCACGCAUGCUCCUUUAGCAUUCAUCUAAAAUAC